ACGAUAAAAUUGUUGGGAAUACAAUCGAUAUUCACAUUUAAUCAUGUAGGUAGUGAUAAAUAUUUUAAUAAGUGUCUACCUACAUAAUGAAAUAUUGUUAAUUCUUUAUCAAAUGUUAGUCGCGUUAUGAUAUGAUACGGAGUGGUUGUGAAAUACGUUAAUAAUAACUUUUGUGUGUGUAAAAAGUGUGUGUCGUGAGAAUAAACGCUGGGCGUCAUCUAAAACAAGUGCACACGUCCGCUUCCAUCGAGCUAUGCGCAUGAAAUGACCUCGUGAUUCGAAAUUCGAACGCCGGAAGCAUGGGCAGCGGGCUCAGUAGCGCCACCAGCCGGAAGUACUCGCGGAAAGAGCCUCCGCCUCACGCAGAGUCUUCCAGAGUGCUGUUCCUCUUGUACCUGAUACACAGGACUUGGAAUGUCGUAGUUGAACACGUGGAUUCUAAGAGUGCAAGAUGGCGCGGCUCUCACACAGUGCCGAGCUCAGGCGAGGGCCUCGGCCGGAGGUUCGAUUCCGUCAGCCUCGCCGACUCCGAGCUCGGCUCCUGCUACUCAUCCUGCAGCUGUAGCUACUGCCGUCUGCGGGAGUGCGCUCAUGACUGCGUCAGGUUGGUCAUCAUCAUCAUCAUUAUCUUGAUAAUAAUCAUCAUUAGAGCUACUGUCAGCCUCGCCGACUCCGAGCUCGGCUCCUGCUACUCGUCCUGCAGCUGCAGCUACUGCCGUCUGCGGGAGUGCGCUCAUGACUGCGUCAGGUUGGUCAUCAUCAUCAUCAUUAUCUUGAUAAUAAUCAUCAUCAGAGCUACUGUCAGCCUCGCCGACUCCGAGCUCGGCUCCUGCUACUCGUCCUGCAGCUGCAGCUACUGCCGUCUGCGGGAGUGCGCUCAUGACUGCGUCAGGUAA